AUGUUGCGCAACCAAUAUGGCAGGCUGUCACAAGGCCUGGCCGUGAUCCUCCUCACAGGCCCGGUGACAGCACACGAACACCAUAUGGACAAGAUUCCGGAAGGCUCAGCGAUAUCCGUGGACCCUAUCGACUCCAUACUAUGGAUGCACAUCAUCUUACAGACAUUUGCUUGGGGUGUCUUGUUCCCAACAGGAAUGGUUCUCGGGAUGAUCAAAUCACGAUGGCACGUCCCCCUCCAAGUGAUCGCGUCCGGCAUGGCAGUAGUUGGAUGGUUCCUCGGCCACAAACACAAAGGCCGACAGUUCUCAGCGAACGUACAUCAGGCUUACGCUCCGAGUUUAAUGAUGAUGCUCAUUGCGCAAGCCGCCAUGGGCAUAUACCUAAAGCUCCACCUAGAGAGGGGCAUUCACGGCAAGAUCAGGAGAUAUUUCGUGAGUUUGCAUGGGAUUCUGGGCAAAAUGAUGCCACUCGCUGCCUGGGUACAAAUGCUGUUCGGCGGCAUCACUGCGCUUGGGUUUUGCAGGGCUGAGGGCGAUCACACUGGUCAAUGCUUGGCACAUUUCAUCAUGGGCAGUGCCUUCAUCGCAUACGGAAUUGUCCUGACCAUCCUGUUACUUGUUGGACAAUUCUGGCUACGCCGCACAGGAAGGAGCCAGGAGUUCUUCGACUCGCUAAUCAUCGCCGCUUGGGGUUGCGUCAACACGUUCACCGAGCAUCGAUGGGGACACCCGUGGGGUCACAAUGAUCUGCAGCACACCUCAAUGGGCAUUGUCUGGUGGUGCGCAGGUCUCGUGGGUAUCUGGCUCAGCAGAACCAGAUCUGGACGUCCAAAGAGGAAUCUUCUACCUGGCAUAGUGCUCAUUCUGACCGGAUAUGCCAUGUCUGCUCAUCCUCAACACCUACCGCUCUCUACAAUGAUUCACACGAUAUUUGGUUACACCUUGAUGGGUGCAGGUGUCACCCGUAUUAUCGAAAUUUCCUUUGUUGUCAAGGAUCGACAGACAUUUUCUGAUGACGACUGGCAUGAGCCAAACAGCUUCCAAUACAUUCCGUGCUUUCUCCUGUUUGCGUCCGGCUUUCUCUUCAUGGGCGCAACAGAAGAGCAAAUGCAACUCCUGUCCGAUGCCGGGGUCACGCAUGUCUCUUACAUCCUAAUACUGUACAGCUUUGCGUUCCUCAUGUUCCUCUUUGUCAACAUGCUUCUGACCCUAUAUGCCUCCCAUGCUUUCCCAGAGAAGAAGAAACCCGACACAGAGAACCAGGUACCACGUAUGAAUGGCGCGGCCAAUGGGCAUAUUCGCGCCAACGAUCGGAGAGUACAGGAUGCUGAGGAGUUUGAGCUUCACGGACUCAUGUCCGAUGAUGAGCCAGAUAGUCCGACUCUCGCAGAGACCAAGGAGGGACGACACGCUGACUGAGCCUGGACAUCUCCUUUCCCAGCUUACUUUCAGUCGCGGCAAAGGCGUUCUUGUGUCUAUACCUCUUGCAUAGCUCUUCUCCACUGUAGCUUCUUUGAAC